AUGGACUUCUUUUUUAUUGACCGUGAUUUGGUGUUCUGCAAUUAGCAGGAUAAUCAGGUUUCUAGACCUUGCUCCUGCAGCCUGGAUUGGCACACGUGGAUUUUUAUGGCUCGAAAAGCGCCGUCCGUGACUUAUGGGAGUGAGGAGCACUGAGAGGACGCCUGGGCCAGGCCUUAUUCCUUCCUGCCCUCAUCCCGUGACUGCUAAUCGGGCCUCCCCGGCGCUGCCAGGUUUCCUAUGUCCAAACCUCAGGAUUUGAGCAUUUAAUCCCCCUCUGGACCAUGAACCUCAUGGCAUUUUUCAUUUUCCCCAGGCUGGGCGAUGCCACCUGAACAUCGUGUCCUGCUGGGGGAGAGCCGAAGGGCAGUCACUUGCCUGUGGCUCAGCUAAAGUCCUGCCAAGCACCCAACUAAUGUAUAACAUGAGCGGCCCUGCACCCAGUGUGCACAUUAACUCGCUUUCACAACCAGUGCAGUCCCCGCAACCGCUGCCAUCUUCUCCGGAGCAUCCUUGGCACAGGGCGCCUGCAUCCCUCUGCCUCCGGGUCUGCAGCACAGCGACUUGGUUCAGAGGGAAGUGUCACUUCUGGGAGGGGUUAAAACCCCACUGACUCUUAAAAGGGAGAAAAAGGAGGUGGUGGGAGCCCAGGAUGCCCUGCCGCAGAGCUGGGUGCUUCAUGCAUCCAGGCUCUUUCACACAUGGGAUUUACAAAUGCCGCCCUAAAUGGGCCCCCCCAGCUUUUGCACAGUGAGACAUGCAGCUGCUUUUCUUCUUGCAAGAACAUCUCCUGGGGAGAAGAAACCGCAGCGACGUGGCUUUCAAUGCAUUGGAAAGCGCCUGCGGCCGGAGAGGGGCUGCCUGGCCUGGCAAAGCCCAUCUAGCUGACAGUCCUUGGGAUAACGCCACUGUCCUGCUGCAGAGCCAGCGGAGCCAUGCCUAAGAAGGAUGACGACACCAAAAAGCCAGCGUCGGAGACGGUACCAGACCAGCGCUGGAAACUACAGGUCUUCUACCUCUGCUUCUAUGGCUUCAUGACGCAGGUCCGGCCUGGGGAGAGCUUCAUCACCCCGUAUCUCCUGGGGCCUGACAAGAACUUCACACAGGCAGAGGUGACCAACAUGAUCACGCCAGUGCUGACCUACUCCUACAUGGCCGUGCUGGUGCCCAUCUUCCUGCUGACAGACUACCUGCGCUACAAGCCGGUACUGGUGCUGCAGAGCCUGAGCCACAUCUCCAUCUGGCUGCUGCUGGUGUUGGGCACCUCGGUCCUGGCCAUGCAGCUGAUGGAGUACUUCUACGGUGUCACCAUGGCCACCCGCAUCGCCUACUCCUCCUACAUCUUCUCCCUCGUGACCCCAUCACACUACCAGCGUAUGGCCAGCUACUCCCGCUCCGCUGUCCUCCUGGGUGUCUUCACCAGCUCAGUGCUGGGCCAGCUCUGCAUCACCUUGGGUGGUGUCUCCUUCCUCACCCUCAACUAUGUCUCGUUGGGCUUCGUCAGCUUCGGCCUCAUCCUCACCAUUUUCCUCGAGCAGCCCCAGCGCAGUCUCUUUUUCAACCGGCCUGAGGGGGCUGGUGAUGGGGCUGUGCCCACUGAGCUGGACAAGAUGGCGAGGGGAGACGUCCAAGGGGGGACGCAGGGCUGGCGGGAGGCAGCGCUGUGCCGCAUGCUGCGGGAGGUGGGAGCAUUAGCCAGGCAGCCCCAGCUCCAGCUCUGGUCCUUGUGGUGGGUCUUCAACUCAGCCGGUUACUACUUGAUGCUGUACUACGUGCAGAUCCUCUGGAACGAGAUCUACCCCUCCACGGACAACCGCCAGGUGCACAACGGAGGGGUGGACGCUGCCUCCACGCUGCUGGGGGCUGGUGCCUCCUUCGCUGCUGGCUACGUGAAGAUUCGCUGGACGUUGUGGUCAGAGCUGGUGAUUGGGGUGGUGACAGCUUUCCAGGCGGGGCUGCUCCUGCUCAUGAACACUACCAGCAACAUCUGGCUGUGCUAUGCUGCCUACGUCCUCUUCCGUGGUUCCUACCAGUUCCUGGUGCCUGUUGCCAUUUUCCAGAUCGCUACCUCCCUCUCCAAAGAGCAUUGUGCGCUGGUCUUCGGGGUCAACACCUUCUUCGCCACCGUUCUGAAGACCAUCAUCACCGUCAUCGUGGCUGACAAGAGGGGCUUGGGCUUGUCUGUGCAUCCCCAGUUUUAUGUGUAUUUCGGCUACUUCACGCUGCUGGCGGUUGUCUACCUGCUGUUGGCCGUCGGCGUGGGCAUUCGGUACAGUCGCCGCAAGCAGGCGGCAGAGCUGGCCUUGGCCAAGGAGCUGUGCCAGCUCCCUGCUGAGGUGCCAGCACAGAAGAGCACGGAGGCAGGUGCUGUGCAAGCCUGAGCACCGGCACCAUGACCACUGUGGCCAGGUCUCAGCUCCAUAAGUGAACGUUAGCAUCACUGCGUGCGUAGUCUCCUGUCCCACUGCCGGUCCUUGGCACUGGCCUGUUGAGGACACAACCCCUUAGGACCAGUUUUCUGCUUUAUGAGGGCUGGGCUGUGCCCCCCACCUCAGCCCCAGAUACAACCAGAGCGGGGCAGGAUGCCCAUGGCUGCUGCUGCCAGGUACCACACAGGGAUAGAGAUGGGGUCCGGGGUGUCUCUUGGCCCCCAGCUCCCCAUCAUGGUGCAGAGCCAGGCUACAAGAGGACAACAUUUCUUUAUUCAGUGCCUUUAGAAAAUGGUUUAUAGGACACAACUGACAAAAAAAAAAAAAAAAUAAUUACACAAAAUACAGUAGACUGUAAGAAAUAGAGACCAUGUGACUCGCACAGCUUUUAUGGUAAUAAUUUCCAUACAAUAAUAAAAAGCUAGUUACA